AUGUUAUCAGAUGAUUUUGUUAUCAAAAUCAAAAUAUCCCUAACAAGUUGUUGUUGUUGUUGUUGUUCUUCUUCUUGUAUUCUUUCAAACUUUUCUUCUUCUUCGUGUCGUAUUCUUUCAAAUUCGUCCUCUUUUUUGUGUCGUAUUCUUUCAAAAUAUUCUUCUUCGUGUCGUAUUCCUUCAAAUUCUUUCUCUUCUUCUUCUACUUCUUCUUCUUCUUCGUGUAGAUUCUUUCACACUCCUCUUCUUCUUCGUGUCGUAUUCUUUCAAUAUUUUUUCUUUUUCUUAGUGUCGGUUUUUUUCAAAUUCUUCUUUGUGUCGUAUUCUUUCGUGCUCUUCUGCUUCGUAUCGUAUUCUUUCAAACUCUUUGCUUCUUCUUCGCGUCAUAUUCUUCUUCUUCUUUUAAAGUCUUUUUUUCUUCUUUGUGUUGUAUUCUUUCAAACUCUUCUUCUUUUUGAAACAGUUCUUCUUCACGUCUUAUUCGUCCAAACCGUCUUUUUAGUGUCGUAUUCUUUAAAACUUCUCGUGUCGUAUUCCUUCGAGAUCUUCUUCAAUUUCUUUGAGACGUAUUCUUUCAAAUCUUCUCCGUGCCAAAUACUUUCAAACUCUCCUACUUUUUCUUUGAGUCAUAUUCUUUCAAACUUCUUCGUGUCGUAUUCUUUCAAACUCUUCCUUUUCUUUUUCAUGUCGUAUUCUUUCAAACUCUUCUGCUUCGUGUCGUAUUCUUUGAUAGUCUUUUUCUUCGUGUCGUAUUACGAACUUUUCUUCUACUUCUUUGUCUUCGAGUUGUAUUCUUUCAAACUUUUCUUCUUCGUGUCUCGUAUUCUUUCACACUUUCAAACUCUUUUUCUUCUUCUUCCUGUCAUAUUCUUUCAAAUUCAACUUCUAGUCGUAUUUCCUCAAUCUUCUUCUUCUAGUCGUAUCUUUGAAACUCUUCUCCUGCUUCCUGUUCAAUUCUUCCAAACUCAUCUUUUUUCUUUCGAGUCGUAUUCUUUGAAAUUCUUCUUCUUCAUGUCGUACUGUUCCAAACGUGACCCUUACCUUGAGGAGGCGGCCCGUUUCUUCUUUAUAUUUCUUUCCGCGGCUUCUUCUUCUUCUUCUUCUUCUUCUUCUUCUUCUUCUUCUUCUUCUUCUUCUUCUUCUUCUUCGUGUCAGAUGGUACUGUAUCUAUAUCCGUCUGUCCAUUAUCUCUCUAUCUCAUUCAAUUCAUAUCUAUCUAUCUAUCUAUCUAUCUAUCUAUCUAUCUAUCUAUCUAUCUAUCUCAUUUUAUUCAUAUCUAUCUCAUUCUAUUCAUAUCUGUCUAUGUAUCUAUCUAUUUACUAA